AUGUCACAAUCGAGUGAGAGUGUAUUGCGUGAAUUACAAUUACGUGGUACGCAAGUAAUCUGUAUUGCUGUUUCUGCAGAGUACCUUAUUUGGUGUAGUCACAGUGGUGGGGUUUCUAAACUCUAUGUGUGGUAUUGCUGGGAAGAACAGCCCUCUACGGAGCCGCUGGUGGAAUUGGGAUUUACACCAUCUCUCAUCUCCCUCUUUCAAGAAAAGAUUCUGUUAAUAGGUGAAAGAGCAUUGGCACUUUUUACAUUGGAACGUCAUCCACUCUGUAUAUUGGCUGGAGGAGGAGUAGAAGAACAAGAAGAAGAAGAAGAAUGUUCUUUAACAGAAGAAUUUGUUUGUGGUUGUGUGAUAGAAGGUGUGAAUCAAGCCACAUGGACACCAGAUGGUUUGACUGUUGCCCUUUCCACACCAGACCAACUUGUAUUAGUGGAUUGUCGAGUUGGGUAUACGGGUAAUGGUGAUGAUAGUGGUAGUAGAGGAGGUGAGAGAUGGCCAUAUCAGUUAGUAGACUGUGGUUGUUGGUAUGAUGAUCACGGUGCUGCCUUUGCUGCAUUUAGUGCAACUCGUUUAUUUCUUAUAUCGUAUCAAAAUCAUUUAGUAAGUAUUCGUUAUAAAAAUGAGGAUGAUGAUAUUUGUUGUCAUGUAGAGUCUAUACUAGAUCGGGAUGGUCAUAUUCUUUCACGUGCGCAUCAAGUAACUUGUUUUGCUGUUGGGGGAAGUGAAGAAGGUCAUCUCGUAGUGGGAUUUUCAGAUGGAACGGUAAAACUCUUACAACAAGAGACAUUAGAUGUAUUUUUUACUCUUAAUGUGACGAAACAAUUAUACCGAUCGGUAGAUCCAUCUACUAUUCCAAAAGAAGUGGAAGAAGGAGGAAUGUGUGUGCUGGACGUGACAGUAGGUAGAAAAUUUUUUUUAUUAGUUCGUCCAGAUGCUGUGAUAUGUUAUGAUAAAAACUCUAUGGAAUUGUUAAUAGAUCGAACAUUAUUUCUUUCAGAUGAUAAUUCUGUAUUAUGUGCGGUUUCAGGAAAUGGUUCAUGGUGUGUUUGGUCACCAAAGAAACAAGAUUUCAUUUAUUAUGUUCCUGGUGUAGAAGUAUGUAGUUCGAAUAUCAAUAAUGAUGAUAUGAUUCACGCCAGAGAGGCACUCCGUGCAGAACUCUUAGAACCUCUUUUAUUACCUUAUCAACAACAAUUAGCAGCGGCUACAGCUGCAUCUGUUGGAAAAGGUACUGGUAAAAAUGAUAAAAAUAAUAAGAAAAAAACGAAUUUGAAUGUGGAUAAACCAGUAACCUUUGGACAUCCUAUUAAAAGUAGUGGUUAUGCUGCUAGUGUGCCCUGGAGUAUUCAAAAACAAGAAAAGGAUAUACGGGCCAAAACACGUAAACCGACACGACUUCCACCAAUAACCGCCGCUCCUCUGCGGUAUAAAGCAUUACCAUUUUCUAAUCAUCCUUUGCAACCAAUGACAAAUAGUAAUAAAAUUCUUUCUUCUUCACCUAUUCAUCAUGCAGUUGUAACCUCAGCUACAUUCUCAGCAGCAGGUGCUGGUCUUCUUACAGCCUCUGGUGAUACCACAGCAAAUUGGCUAAAGUAUCCAGUGGCAAAAAAUGGAGGAGAUGGUAAAAUGAUGCGAGCCCAUAAGGCUCCAUUAAAUACAGCAGAUAUUAAUCUUUCUGUUAAUGCACCUAUUGUUGCAACUGGAUCAGCUGAUGGUAUGAUCGCAGUAUGGCAACCUAGUAAACGUGCAUCACCUUAUAUUAUACAACAAGUUGGUAAAGAAGUACGAAGUGUAAAAUUUUUCUACACAGAUAAAUUUCUUUGUUACGCUGCUGGAAACACUGUAAAUUUAUCUCGUUAUGCUUUAGAUGAUGGUGGUGGUGAUUUACAUCGUAAACGUAAUGAAUCCAAAAUGGAGAAUGUAUUAAGUUUUAAUGCAGGUUCCGCUCAUUCUGUGGUAGCUAUAGAUGCUAUUAAUUACUUCACUUCUAACAUUAUAGUUUGGGCUGGAUCAAAUAAAACUGUUGGUAUUUAUGAUGUUUCUGCUGAAAAAAAUAUUCGUCUAGUUGAAGAGGCCCAUACACGACCUAUACAUCAUAUUGGGAUGAUGACAGCAAGUAGGUAUGCUUCACCUAGUACAGAUCUUUUACAUAUGUACAUAACAGCUGGAUUAGAUAACACCGUUCGGGUUUGGGAUCUUCGUCAAGAGCGAUCGGUUAGACAAUUGGCAUUUCACCGCAACACUGCAGUUCCCGUUGGAGUGGCGCUUUCACCAACAGGUGCAAUGGUGGCUGUUGGAAGUGAAAAUCGUACAGUGUGCAUUUACGAUGUUGGCUCCGGUGCGGCUCUUGAUAAUGUGGUGGUAGCGGAUAUACCUACUGCAGUUUGUUGGCACCCAGUGGAAAAUGUUCUCGCUGUUGGUAUUACAACAGGUGGUAUACAUUUAAUGGGGCAACGAUAG